AUGAAGAGUAUCAAUCUGAAGGUGGAAGGUGAAAAAAUCAGUGCCCUAUCUGUCGAUAAUAAACCAAGGUUCGUAUGUAGAAAGCGGCAGGAGUGCACGACAAAUUCCGGCCGCAGGGUUACAUCGAUACCGCCGAUCAUAACCCCGGAGUAUUUGGACGAGAAGCAAGACUUGUUGCUCAUGGAAUCACUGCUGGAUCUUGACUCUACCGUGGUAAAGUGUCGGGUUACUCUGAAGCGUUCUCGUACCUUACGUAUGCUGAUCUCUGUUUCACCCGGAUCAUAUACCACAGCAGGAUUUAGAUGGGUUGGAAAUACAACGGUCGAAAUCCCCGCUGACCCUCUACAUGCACCCAUAUCUCAUGCGGGAUAUCCAGGGCAUGCACAGUCAUCACAUAAGAGAGGUGAAGGUCAGAGUUCCUUGAGCUCCGGACCCAUCAGACGUAACAAGAGACCAGAUAUAAUCCGGUCACUAAUCCCACUAAAAGCCGCCCAGUACAGUAUUGAGUGUGACUCCGAUGUAUUCGUUAUGAUACGGGUCAAGGGAAGCGGCCGAAGGUAUAUCUUCAAUUCUUCUGCAUCGGAGAAUUGGCUUCCGUCCAUGCCAGAGCUGAGUGGAUACUAUCCAACGCCGAUGAUUAAGACUCUGGAAGAUGUUGUUCCCCAAUACAAGCAUUGCCCUGAACCAGAUCAGGAAGAAGUCGGGACACGUGUAAUUCCAUCGGUGAAGGAGGCUGUGUAG